GCUCUCCAGCUGCUGCCUGGGAGCUCCUCCCAGGCAGGAUCCAAGCAAGGAGAGUCUCCGGUUCUUUUCUGCCCAGCAGAGCUGCAAACUCCCAGGAGUAAGUGAGGCUCCAGCUCUUCAGCCUUUGCCCCAUCACAGCAUCGCAGGGGGCGGUACCAUAACUGCCGGUUGCCAGGUGGUACCCAAAAAACAACGUGCCCAGGGGGUGAAGAACUUCAAGGGAACCGGCUCCUGCUGGCCGCCUGAGUGUGGCCAGUCCCAGGCUGCAGACUAUGGCCAUGGCCUCACUCCCCAUGGGCGAAAACUGGACCGACGGGACGGUGGGACUGGGGACCCACAAAGGGAAUCUGAGCGCCGCGCUGGGGCUCACUGAGUGGCUUGCGCUCCAAGCUGGCAACUUCUCUUCGGCGCUGGGGUUGCCAGCACCAUCCCAGGCACCUUCCCAGGUCCGGGCCAACCUGACAAACCAGUUCGUGCAGCCGUCCUGGCGGAUUGCGCUCUGGUCGCUGGCCUAUGGCUUGGUGGUGGCCGUGGCAGUCUUCGGAAACAUCAUCGUUAUCUGGAUCAUCUUAGCCCACAAGCGCAUGAGAACGGUCACCAACUAUUUCCUGGUAAACCUGGCUUUCUCCGACGCCUCCGUGGCUGCCUUCAACACCUUGGUCAAUUUCAUCUAUGGUCUUCAUAGUGAGUGGUACUUUGGCGCCAACUACUGCCGCUUCCAGAACUUCUUUCCCAUCACAGCGGUGUUUGCCAGCAUCUACUCUAUGACAGCCAUUGCAGUGGACAGGUAUAUGGCCAUUAUCGAUCCUUUGAAACCCAGACUAUCUGCCACAGCCACAAAGAUUGUCAUUGGAAGUAUUUGGAUUUUGGCAUUUCUACUUGCCUUCCCUCAAUGUCUUUAUUCCAAAAUAAAAGUCAUGCCAGGCCGUACUCUUUGCUAUGUGCAAUGGCCAGAAGGUCCCAAGCAACAUUUCACGUACCAUAUCAUUGUUAUCAUCCUGGUGUACUGUUUCCCAUUGCUCAUCAUGGGUGUCACCUACACCAUCGUUGGAAUUACUCUCUGGGGAGGAGAGAUUCCAGGAGACACCUGUGACAAGUACCAUGAGCAGCUGAAGGCUAAGCGAAAGGUUGUAAAAAUGAUGAUUAUUGUGGUGGUGACGUUUGCCAUCUGCUGGCUGCCCUACCAUGUGUAUUUCAUUCUCACAGCGAUCUACCAACAAUUAAACAGGUGGAAAUACAUCCAGCAGGUCUACCUGGCUAGCUUCUGGCUGGCCAUGAGCUCAACCAUGUACAAUCCCAUCAUCUACUGCUGUUUGAACAAAAGAUUUCGCGCAGGCUUCAAGAGAGCAUUUCGCUGGUGUCCUUUCAUCCAGGUCUCCAGCUACGAUGAGCUAGAGCUCAAGACCACCAGGUUUCAUCCCACACGGCAGAGCAGCCUGUACACCGUGAGCAGAAUGGAGUCGGUGACCGUGUUGUUUGACCCCAAUGAUGGGGACCCGAACAAAUCCAGUCGCAAGAAGAGGGCGGUACCCAGAGAACCCAGUGCCAAUGGCUGCUCCCACAGAGAUUCCAAAUCUGCCUCCACCACAUCAAGUUUCAUAAGCUCACCCUAUACCUCUGUGGAUGAAUAUUCCUAAAUCCAUGUCCCUAGGUAAAGGCUGUUGUGAGGCCACCGUGAGGCCAGCCUAGGUCCCUCAUUCUCCUAACCAUGCCAGGUCCUAUUCUAGGUACUUUGGGGAAGCAGAAGGGCAGAUCUUAGGUACAGAUAUUUAAUCUGAGAAAAGUGGAAUACCAACAUAACAAAACCUACCAACAUGUCAACCAGCACAAAGAAAAUUGAGUCUUCAAUUUAUUCUUUAAGAAUCUAAAUGGUCAUAUGCACCAAGUCCAAUGUGUGAAUCUGAAAAACUCCCUAAGUGUUCAGUGUCUGUCAUUUAACAACGGCAGUGCACUUUUGUGACAGCAGAACAGCAGAGGAGUUUUCCAAGAGAUUAAGGAAGCUCUAAAAUGCAAUACUGAGCAAAAGGCAACAUGUCCUACAUAAAACAGAAGCUCUGUGUGACUAUAGAGUGGAAAGGACAAAUGACUGACUUCACCAACAAGUAAUAGAAAAAUCAGCCUCAAAGAGUAGGAAAAUAUGAAAGUCUUUGCUCAAGAAAAUUCAUUUUGUAAAAUGAAAAAUUUAAGAAAUUCCUUCCAAGACAUUUAGCAAAAAGGGAGAGUCAAAUAAUUGCCCAAACAUGGCAUGUCUUUCUCUUGAUUAUUUUUCCCAAGGAAAUAAUUUCAAAAUGAAAAGGAAUCAUCAUCUAAUUUUGACCACUAGGUAUUUGGAGUGCUAAAGUAAGUUUCAGUCAAAUAUGGGGCCUUAAACAACAAAGAAAAUUCUUACUAUCUUCUUUAUCUUAUUUCUCAUGCUUUUUUUUAAUUAAGUAGAUUGUAAAACACUAACGAUAUCUUCUAAUGCAAAAGGAGAAAUUCACAUUUGCCUCUGUAGCUCACUUGCUUGAUUUGGGUAACAAGUUAACAGUACUUAGAAGUUAUCAAGCCAGACACUAGCAUCUCCAAGUCCCCAAGCCAGUUGCUUCCCACUGCCAUCCAAAGAAAAAGAUGAAGUCAUGAACUUUAUUGGUUAUGUCAUGGCAGCCUCCUCUUCUUUACUCACUGGAGAAACACACACACACACAUACAAGAAAAAAUGACAAAGACCAUUGAGGAAGUGUCACAAUAUAUUUCAAGUGUAAGCUGAGUUACCAAAAGACAAAUUGAAAAAUAUUAAUAUAUGUACUGAUAAAUCAGAGAAGACAUAGACCUAUAAGUAGCUGGCUAGAAAAGGAAGAUGCAUAAUUCUCUGGAGACAUAAGCAGCUACAGAUGAGGAAGAAGACAAUGUACACCCUUUCAGGCACAAAACUCUGUCUGUACUUAAAUAAGAGAAAGUCCCUCCAGAAAGAAAUGAGUUAGUGAUACUCAUGUAUGUGUGUCUCUGUGUGUAUGUAUGUAUCCCUCCCUAAAGCUUGUCUGACUUAUUUAAUGUAAAUCAGUAUUUUUGGCCAUCUCCUUUCUUACCCCUAUAACUGCUUCCCUUUUUGAUUUAGGCUUGGAAUACAUUGUAAUAUUACUUCCUUUCCAGUUAGGGGAUCUGACAUAUGAAGGCACAUUUAAGAGGCCCAGAACAAAAUAAGAAGCAUCUGGAAAUGUAGACCGUGUCUUCCAGACUAAAUCUUUUACAGGUCAUCUUUCCUUACAUUACCAGAACUGUUGAUUCUGUGCACAAAAUCAUAAGCCUUGUGCAAAUGAGAUUUGUCCCACACACUCGUCUUUUCCAACAUUCAAUCAGGUUUUAUUAACUAUCUGUCUAAAGGACUUGCCUCUAACACUUUUUUUCUUUGUAUGCUCGCUCUAUCAACAUAAGAAUAUUUCUGAAGAGCAGGGCAGAGGCAAUUACCUGAUAGUAAAUCAUGGUGGAUUAACACAGCAUUUGACUCCAGUCCUUUUCUCAAUUGAAUCCCAAAUGAUAAAUACCCAAUCCUUACACAAUUUCAACUCUCUAAAGUACCAAGUCAUAUAUGUUUGAGUUUACUUUAAUAACUCCAAUAAACAAGCAGACAACCAGAUACACGUAUGAGUGUGCAGAUAAACACUACCGAAAGUGAAUGUCACUGCUUCAAGGACUGAAUUCAAAAUUAAAACCCAAAAGGCAGAUGGUCACUUCAAGAUUGUCACAAAAACCACUCAUAGGUGACAAUGAAGCAUUGUAUGCAUGUUUCCCCUUAGCAAUUGUAGUAAGUAUCUCAUCAUCUGAAUAUAGUGUUUUAAAAUGUUUAUUCUUAAAAUAUGUAAGUGCUUGUCAAAUGUAAAAUCAUCAUGAAAACCUGG